ACUCAAGAAACGUGCUUACCCAGCAGCAAGCAGCAACUGGUAGCAUCAAUCAGACCCAUCCUAGCAAGCAGCAACAGGUAGCAUCAGCGACAUGGCCGACGAAGAGGCGUGCAUGUUCGCUCUGCAGCUGGCCAACUCGGCUGUGCUGCCGAUGGCGAUUAGGACAUCCAUCGAGCUGGGCCUUCUGGAGACUCUUGUGGGCGCCGGCGGGAAGUUGCUGACUCCCGAAGAGGCUGUCAAGAAGCUGCCGUCCAAGGCCAAGCACCCGGACGCGGCGUCCAUGAUAGAUCGCAUGCUGCGUGUGCUCGCCUCGUACAAGGUGGUGACGUGUGAGGUGGAGGAGGGCAAGGACGGCAGCCUCUCGCGCCGCUACGGCGCCACGCCGGUGUGCCGGUGGCUCGCCCCCAACGAGGACGGCGCCUCCAUGGCCCCGUUCGCUCUCCUCACCCAGGACCGCGUCUUCAUGGAGGCGUGGUGCCACAUGAAGGACGCGAUCCUGGAGGGCGGCAGCGCGUUCCACAGGGCGUUCGGGACGUCGUGGUUCGAGUACGCAGGCCAGGACGCGCGCUUCAACCGACUCUUCAACGAGGCCAUGGAGCACCACUCGGUCAUCCUCACCAAGAAGCUCCUCGAGCUGUACAAGGGCUUCGACGGCAUCGGCACCCUGGUUGAUGUGGCAGGCGGCGUGGGCGCCGUCAUCCACGCCAUCACCUCCAAGUACCCGAGCAUCAAGGGGAUCAACUUCGACCUUCCCCACGUCAUCGCCGACGCCCCGCCUUACCCCGGCGUGGAGCACGUCAGCGGUGACAUGUUCAAGAAGAUGCCCUCCGGCGACGCCAUCCUCAUGAAGUGGAUCCUCAACUGCUUCAGCGACGACGAGUGCGCCACCCUGCUCAAGAACUGCUACGACGCGCUGCCCGCCCAUGGCAAAGUCAUCAACGUCGAGUGCAUCUUGCCGGUGAAUCCGGACGCCACCAACGGUGCGCAGGCGUUGAUCGCCGUCGAUUUGAGCCUGCUUGUGUACAGCCCGGGCGGCAAGGAGAGGUACCACAGGGACCUGGAGAAGCUCGCCAAGGGCGCCGGCUUUACCAGCGUCACGGCCACCUACAUCUUCGCCGACUUCUGGGCCAUGGAGUACACUAAGUAGUAGUAUCCAUGUUCCAAAUUAUAAGACAUUUUGGUAGGCUAAAGUCACCUACCAAAAUAUCUUAUAUCUACGAACGUAGGUACUACUCGACAAAGAUCAUGUUAUCGUGUUAUAUUUUCUGCUGCUUGCUAUAUUUCCUUCAGUUAUUAUGUAUUCUACUCUUCAGAAAUAAAUGGCCACGCAGCGUGAGUCUGUUCACGACGUGAGCUCAAGAUGUCAACUCAGUCAUUGCAUAGUCAUUGCAUGGAUCUUUUACUAAGCCCUAAUAAAGAGUUUGCAUAAUUGUUUUUGCAAAA